AUGAUAGAAUUGCAAGCACAGUUAAUCAAAUGUAUGAUUCAAAAAUUAUUAACAAAACAAAUUGAAAUGCCAGAAAAGAAUAAUAAUGAAUUUGGAUUUUUUGAAGAAGAAAAUAUUAAAAUUUUAUCAUUAAUUGUAAAGAAUUUUUUAAUUAUAGAUUCAAUAUUUAAUAGAGUAGAUCAAACUUUAAUAAAUAAUUUAAUAUCAAAUACAAAGUAUUUUGGUAUUGGUUCUUUAUUUUAUUUAGAAUUAGUAGCACAAUUUGAUACAAUUAAUAAAUUUACAGAUUUUAGUAAUAUAAUUCUAUCAGAAUCAAAUCAAAAUAAAAUUUUAUCACAAAUUGAUAGAAUAAUUCAAAUAUCAGUUUUAAAACCUUCAUUUCAUUCUGAAUUCAUUUUAAAAAGAUUUCAUUUAAUUUUAACUAAACAACGACAAAUACAACAAGCAAAUAAUAAUAAUGAAAAUAAUAAUAAUAAUGAAAAUAAUAAAUUAGCAAAAUUAAAAGUUUAUGAUUUAUUAUUAAAUCCAAUUAAAACAAAAUUAAAUGAUUGUUUAGUUAUGGAUUCAGUUAAAGUAACAGAAAAAGAUACACCAUUAGAAAGAUAUAAUAAAUUAAAUAAUUUAGAUCUUAGAUUUGAUUUUAAAAGAAUAAUUAAAUCAAUUGAUUUAUCAACUGAACCAAUUCAAUAUCUUUUAAUCAUUUUAAAUAUGAUUUCAACUGAUAAAAAUAAUAACAAUAAUAAUAAUAAAUCAUUAUCAGACUCAAUUAUUAGAGAAAUUUCAAAUUUAGAAUCAUUAACAAAUAAAAUCACUGAAUUAUUAAAUGAGAAUGAUACAAAUUCAAAUUCAACUGCAAUAAUAACAAAAACAACAACAAAAACAACAAAAACAAAAACAACAAAAACAAAAGAUAAUAAUAUUAUUGAAAAAGUUAUUCAUUCAAUAUUAUUACCAUUUUAUAAUUAUUUAAUUAAUUCAAAUUUAAUUAAAGAUUUUAAUAAUUCUAUUGAUUUAUUAUUUUGUUAUACAAGUCUUUGUGAAAUAUUUAAUUGUAAAAAAUUAUUAUCACAAGAUGAUAAUAAAAGAAGAUAUAAAUUAGAUUUAAAUUUAAUAUCACCAAAUUUAUCAACAAUUAUUGAAAUUAUAAAUCGAUUUAUUAAUUCGUACAAUUUAUAUAAAGAAAAAGAAAAACCUUUAGAAAAUAUAUCAACUAUACCAAGUUUAUCAAUUUUAUCAUUCUCUUUAGAAUCAUUAUUAUUAAAUUUUGAUUCAUUGAUAAUUAAUAAAAAAGAAUUUAUGACAAAAACAUCAACAACUACAGAAUUAACAACUACAACAACAGAGAUAGAAACAAAAAUUAAAAUUGAAAAUGAAAUUAUUGAAUUAUUUAAUAAUUUAAUUUGUUUAUAUCAUUUAAUAUCAGAUGAUAAAGAUUCAGAAUUUAAUUAUAAAAAUAUAAUGAAAUUUAAUUUUACUAGUACUCGUCAUAAUGAAUUAUUGAAAUCAAAUCAUAAAUUAAUUAAAUCAAUAUUUGCAAAUUUCAAUUUCAAUGAAAAGAAUUCAUAUGAAAAUUAUAGUAACCCAAUUGUAACACAAAAGAUCAUUUUAAAUUUAAUUGAAAAGUUUUUAUCAUCAAUGGAGCCAAAUAAUAAUCCAUUAGUUGAAUUAAUUGGUAUCAUUCCAAAUUCAAAUUCAAUUAAUGAAUUUAUCGAUCAUUCAAAUUCUCAAACAUUCAUUUGUAUAUUAACUAAUUAUUUUAAUAAUAGAAUUUUAAAUUAUUAUAAUAUAACUGAACCAAAAACAGAACCAAAACCAGUGACAGUUACUCCAACAACACCAUCACCAACAACACCAUCAACAACAAAAACAAAAACAAAAACAAAAACAAAAACAAAAACAAAAACAAAAACAAAAACACCAAUAACAAUAUCAAAUUUAAAGAGAAAAGAAUUAACAAAUUUAAAUUUACAUUAUAUUAAAAUCAUAUCAUUAAUAAUUAGAUCCUGUGCAGAUGUUGAUAGAUCAGCUAUGGAUUUCUCUCAAAUGAUUGAUAAUUUUAUUAAAGUAUUUAAUGAGAAAUCUUUAAUUAUUAAUGAUAGAAAUUUAAUUUUAGAAACAUUUUCAAUAAUUUCAAUUAUCAAAUCAUGUAAACCAACUGAUGAAUUACAUCCAAUUAAUGAAAAAUUACUUUUACUUUCAAUUGAUUUAUUAUUUAAUUCACAAAUAAUAACUGAAUUUGAAAAUUAUAAUAAUCUUUUAUUAAUUGAAUCUGGUGGUGGUAAUAAUAAUAAUAAUAAUAAUAAUAAUAAUAAUAAUAAUAAUAAUAAUAAUAAUAAUAAUAAUAAUAAUAAUAAUAAUAAUAAUAAUAAUAAUAAUAAUAAUAAUAAUAAUAAUAAUAAUAAUGAUAAUGAUAAUAAUAAUAAUAUUAAAUUAUCACAACAUUUAAUUAAACCAAUUUCAAAAUUUAUUGAAACAUUUUUACCAAGAGAAAUUAAAAGUGAAUUAAUGUUUACUCAAAUUAUAAAAUUAAGUAAAAUCAUUUAUUUAGGUGGUAUGAAUUUUGAUUUUAUUGAAAAGUAUUUAGAUUUAUUAUUAUCGCAAUUUGGAUUAUUAUUAAAUUGGAUUUUUGUAAAUGAUUAUUCACCAAUAUUAAUGAAAUUGGUAAAUAAAAGGUUCAGUGGUGAUAAGGGAAUUGGAAAUUUUAAUGAUUUUUAUAAUCAACAUUUUGAAAUAAUUAAAGAGAAUCUAUCUGAAUACAGGUCAAUGAUUUUCACUCCUACAUCAAUACCAUCGAUUGGUGAUAGAGAUAAUGAUGAUUUGGUUCAUGCUUUAUGUCAAACAUUUUACAUUGUUAAACAAUUAUUAGAUAGUGUUAAUAAUAAUAAUAGUCAAUCUGAAUCACUACAUUAUUUUAGACAAUCUAUAUUUUUAUUUUGUUUUCUUUAUUUAAUUUUAUUAGAUCCAACUAUAAUUGAAACUACUCGAUCAAUUGCUUUAAUACAAUAUAAUGAAUCAUUUAUUAAAAAAGAGAAAGAAGAAGAAGAAAAAUUACUUAAAAGAAAUAUUAAACCAUUUAUAGUUUUUAAACCACUUCAAAAAGAUAUUGUUGUUAAAAGAGUUCAAAAGAAGUUAAAAAAUAAUAAUAAUAAUAAUAGUAAAAUCUUGAAAAAUAAGAAAAAAAGAAAAGAUAAAGUUUUUGGAAAUUUAUUAAAAAGUGCAAAUAAUUAUAUUAAUGCUGAAAUUAGACGUCAAAGACUUUUAGGUAUUAAAUCAAAUGAUCCAUAUGAUGAUUUAGAGAAUUUCAUUGAUUGUGAUCCUAAUGUAAAUUAUUAUAACCAAAAAUAUUAA